UGAAGCAGAUAGCGCUCUGUCUUCCUCUUAGCGUUAGCCAAGAUGGCGGCGGAUCAAGUUCUUAUUCCUCCACCGUCGCUGUCAGCUAAAUACGAAGGAUCUUUUGCGUAUCUGACGGUAAGAGACAGGCUGCCGAUGAUCCUGACCAAAGUCAUCGAUACCAUUCACCGAAACAAAAACAACUUCUUUGAGAAACAUGGGGAGGUGGGCGUGGAAGCAGAGAAAAGAGCCAUCUCCUUCCUGUCCAAGCUGAGGAACGAGCUACAGACAGACAAACCCGUGCUGCUCCUGACCGACUCUGCAGACGAUACGGAAGCGUGGAACCGGUACAUGCAGAGACAACAGGACCUGAUGGAGGACAGGCAGCCGGUCAGCUGGUUCAAGUCACCCUGGCUCUAUGUGGAGUGCUACAUGUACAGGAGGAUCCAGGAGGCCUUGUGGCUCAGUCCUCCAAUCAGUGAUUUUGACGCCUUUAAGGAAGGAAAGACGAGCGGCUUCUUCGAGUCCCAGCAAGCGAUCAUCUCACUCUGUACGUACCUACGAGAGAUCCUCGCCUCCACAGAUAACGCAAGCAAGAAAUGGCUCUUCGAACAUUUCUUCAGGCUUCUGCAGGUGUCCCUGUGGGGAAACAGGUGUGAUUUAUCCAUCUCAGCUGGCCAGGAAAACUCUCAGAAGUCCAACCCGAUGGAUUGUCUGGCUGAUCUGCAGCAGUUCAUCCUAGUGGAUGAUUCGGAUAAGGUUUGGUCCAUUUUAACGUCUGCACAAGGUUCUGGAGGAUCGGAGAAGACUGGCAUUAGAGUGGACAUCAUUCUAGACAACGCUGGCUUUGAGCUAGUCACCGAUCUGGUACUCGCAGAUUUUAUGGUCUCCGUCGGCUUGGCGAAGGAAGUGCGUUUCCAUGGCAAGUCCAUCCCGUGGUACGUCUCUGAUGUCAACAAGCAGGAUUUCGAUUGGACCAUUUCGCAAACCACAGCAUCCAAUCACAAGCACAUGUCGUCCUGCGGCGUCCAGUGGAAGCGCCACGUUAAAGAUGGAGCUUGGUCGUAUCACGACCAUCGCUUCUGGACUUUACCGCACGAGUUCUGCGACAUGCCAGCAGAAGCCGCAGAUCUCUACUCCACUCUACAGGGUUCCGAUCUGAUCCUGUUUAAAGGAGACCUGAACUACCGCCGGCUGACGGGAGACAGAAUGUGGGAGCACACUGUGCCGUUCGAACGAGCGCUCAGGGGCUUCCUGCCUGCUCCGCUGUGCAGCCUCAGGACUCUGAAGGCUAACGUGCAGGUCGGGUUACAGCCAGGCCAGGCGGAGAAACUCGCCUCUCAGGACCCCGAGUGGAUGAUCAGCGGCAAAUACGCAGUGAUUCAGUUCUGCAGUCCACUCAAAGAACAGCAGCAGCAGGGUUCUUAAAGAUGCCAAGAGAACAACAAUACCAAAAAAGAGAAAUGAGAUGGGAUAGUAGUCAUUAAUUACAAGCUAGAAUAAUUUCUCUUUAAUGUUUUUUUUUAAUCCUUAAUAUCAGAGUCUUACCAGAUGGCUAUGACAGUUUUCAGAUAUCCAAGUAGGUAAAAAUGUCUAGUAGUAAUGACUCAAUGUAACUGGACUUAGAUCUUUGUUACAUUUACAGAGGAAUGUGAAAAUGCAUUCUUACAACCAGAAUAUUUGUCCAGGGAACACACGUACACCUUCUAGAUAUUCAGUUUGUUAAGAAGUGAAUGCAAACAACUUUACCUGACUAUAACAAAUUGUUUUUCGGCUGCUUAAUUAUUUUUUUUUAACCAGCAGAGCAUGAGUUAUAACAUUUUCGCUUUUUUACCUCCCAGCCAAUCAGGGUCCAAGUUGCAGGGAAACCACCAUGGAGGACAAAGUGACUGUAAAAAAGACAAAAAAAUUAGUCUUGUUAUUGAGCAAAAGUGAGGAGAUUUAAGAAAAUAUUUGAUUGCCCUUAAUCCAGUGUUGCCGUGUAACUAAAACAAUGAUAUAUAUAUAUAUAUAUAUAUAUAAAACAAUGAGCAAUAAUAAUAAGCGAGCCCUAAAUACUCCAUCAGCUUACGGCUCAGACAGAGCGGUCCGUUCUCUGUUUAUACACUGCCGUGUCUUUUGUCAAAAUUGAAUGAUUUGUUUUAUCUGUCUUAAUUUAUGGGUUUGUGUUGGCUCGCUUUGUUCAUUUUUAGUUUGUUUAAUUAAAGCCAAUAAAAUAAAACAGCUGGUUUUCACUAAACGUUCCCGAUGGAGCUCUUAGUCCCCGACCUAGUGAACCAGCAUGAGGAUGUGUUUUUGAUAGAAACUCCAAACUCCACUAUAAGUCGCUCUGGAUUAGGGCGUCUGCUAAACGCUGUAAACGUAAUAACAAUAAUCAGUUUAAACUCCACAGUAUAUUCCAGAUCUAAAAAUGCAGUAAUCCAUGCAGGUUAUAUGAACUGAAGUAGAUCAAAUCGAGGUUUACAUUAGUUAGUCUUCUUCUGCGUAAAUUUACACACACUCAGGAGCACGAGUAGGAUACGAACGUUUUUUCCGCAUUCAUGGUAUUUUAAUGAAUACUAAAUUUCUUACGAACGAUUUAGUGCAUAAAUCUGCACCGUAGAGCGUUGUUGUUGGUGUUCCGGACAGCGAUUUAUUUCCAUUAAAAAAUAUAAAAGCAACUUUAUAAUACAAAUCUAAGGGGGCAUUUGUUAAAUUCAGUCCAUAAAUUGUUUACUAACACAACUUUUGAUUAUGUCUUGGAUAUAUUCUUAAGACGUAUUUAAAUGGAAAUGGAAAAGGUUGUUAUGGUUACAGUGUGUGUUGCAUGAGGCCCUGUAACCAACACUUUUUCUAUUAAAUAAAAGAUAAGUAAACAAAUAACUCCAGGUUUGAAUGCACCGUUCCUCUGUAAGACAUUUCACCAUUUCUUCAUUCUUCUUUAAGAUUUCACCACGAGUCCAGUCACGUUGACUUACUACUGCUCAACAACUGUAGUCUUGCAGCUUCAAAAAUAUUAUUUUGUGCAAAAUGUUCCUUCCUGGCAGGAGUUUAUUUCUCUGUCAAUAUGCAUAUUAAAAAAAGUGCCAGAAUGUUUGUAAUAUUAGCCUGAAACUAAUUUGUGAAAGAGUGCAUGCUCUAUAUUCAUACGUUGCGAACAAGAGAGAUUUAUUUUUAAUCAUCUAUAGUAAAGAUAGAAAUCUAAUGGAUGUGACUGAUAUGUUUCUAAGCUAUAUACUGGAUGUUAAUUAUGCAAAAGCUUGUUUUUUUUUUGGUCAAAUGGUUUACAUUAGUGACAAUCUUGUUUUUGAUGGAUGUUAAUUGAAAGGCGGUGUUUACAGUGGACUGCUAUUGUCUUAAGUAUUUGCAUGAAUUGUGUUUAAAAGGAAUGUAAUGGAACUACAUUUGCUUGGGAAAAGGACUGGAGGUGAGUUGCAGUGAUAGAAUGGAGUAAAGCAUGCUGUUUAACAAACACACACAUUAAAAUCUAAUGCUAUUUCA